AUGGAGCAGGCGCUGCACCAAGAUGAUAUCGUGGCUAGGAAGAGCGACGAGAAGUCGCUCGCCGUCGUCGAGCGGACACACUCAGACAUUGACACGCAUAUGCCGCUUCCCAGGAGGACCGAAGAAGAACCAAUCACUUGUGGGCCAGGAGUGUCGCAAAGCGCCUUUCGACGCUUUCUGGUUGAUGGUGUGCCCCCGCGCGAUACCGUACUAAUUCGCUACCAAGACGAGCCGAAGCUCGAGUUGCUGCCAGUCUCGAGAGUCAAGCUGGUGGAUCGAUCCUUGAUGAUCGGUGACAUUGUCAAACGAAGCGCGCAGGACUCGCAAUCGGGUGUCAUCCUCAACACAUUCACGAGAUGCACCCUCCAGCCCAUGUGCGAUGUCACAUAUCAAAAUAGUCGCACGCUCAAGGGACUUCUGGGACGAUCUUCCGACGAUCCUGCCUCUUCGCAAUUCUUCAUCUAUCCGGACGGACGGCCACGACCGAUUGUGGAUGUACCCGCAGCGGAACUUACUUACGCCGAGGCGCUGACGGAAGAUGAUCUGGUCGUGUAUCAAGACUGGAUCGGUCGUGUUGAUGCCAUCACAAACAAUAUCCAGCUCAAACUUGUCGACAACUCCGUCGUCGAAAUCAAUGAUGAGUCUGGAGAGCACACAGAUGGAAGCCCUGGUCCGUUCUGUUUGGGCGACAUUGCCAAGACAAAAAAAGGCCUUCUGCGCACCGGAAAGUGGAUCUAUGGCAGCUAUAAUCCCAACACGCCGCCGGUAGGUACUGUGGUGAACAUUCGUACUAUCGCAGCCGAGAUCGCAUGGGCACAGCGAAGGAUAGGAAGUCUACAAGAGAGUGAGCCGCCUGUUCUUCUGGAAUCGUCGGAACUGGAAUCACCCGAAUUCAUGGUCUAUAAACGCUCUCGACGACCCUCUGCAGACGCUUCACAACCGCGCUCGCAAACGGUGUCUAAUUCUGAAAUCGAUGUGCGGCUAGGUCUGCGUGUACGAUUCAGCGAUCUCACUGGCGCCUGCCUGAAGUACAACUCAGCAGACGGCACACGUAAAUUACUGCGGCUGGACCGCCAGGAUCACUUAGGCUAUGACCUAAACAUCUUCGAUGUUGUAUCGUUCCACACCACCGUCGCCGUACAGUGGCAGGAUCUUUCUAUCAGCACCGAGCGGAGUAUCGACCUGAUCCCCGACGUUAACAUCGAUGACGAGCAUGCUGCUUGGCCUGCGGAGGUUGUACAUUCAUUGAGACUGCAAGCAGUACCAGGGCUUGAAAACACCGAACAGCCGGAGCUCAUCGGGAUCGUCCAGGCAGUCAACGCCGAAGAUCGCAUGGCUCGUGUCAGAUGGUCUCCAAACUCUCAUGUGCACUAUGCGAGAGACCCGGACGGCGAAGAGGGUCUACCGCCUCCGAUAGUUUCGUACGCGAUUGAUCCUUCUUUGCUCACGGCUGAGGAAGAAGUCAGCCUGUAUGAUAUUGAAGCCCCGGCGCAACUCAAUGUACGGAGAGGCGACAUAUGCCUUAUCACUUCACCUGAAUACAGCGGAGGAUCCUCUAGACCUAGUGAUCUAACUUGGCUCGGAGAAGUAGUCGACACUCUCAUGGAUGGCCAACUUGUCAUUCGACUAAGUGGCGCUGCGGUCUCACGGGAUGUGAUACUUUGUCGAGAACAGUGCGUUGUGGCCAUUCGUUCCGAUGGGACUGAUCAGCCUGAUGCUUGGCACGAUGAUGAGGGAGGUGGUGAGGAGGAUAUAGAGUGGUCAGAGGCAGAAGAAGUGUGGAGUGAUGAGGAAGAAGACGAUGAAGUCGAGCUCGCAGCUCAUUACGAAGACGAAAACGGUCAAAUCCUGGAUGAAGACGAUGUCGAGGAUGAAGACUGGGAAUCUGCCGACGAAGGCAAUGACGAGGAUGACGAUGUCGAAAUGCAGGAUGCACCAGAACACCAAACACCCCUCACCCCGCAGUCAGUAACACCAGCCAACGACGAGGAGAAUAAGACGAGUCACCCUUCAAUUACAUCACUAGAUGGCAAAUCAGAUAGAGAUGGCGCGGAGUCAGCACCAGCAUCAUAUCUAAUCCUGGAAGGUCAACCUCCAGCAGAUCACCACUACCGAAAUGAAGUUGCAUACCAGUCACCGCAGCAUAUGAAGAGGACGCAAAAAGAGCACCGCAUACUCCAGUCAUCAUUACCCGAACGUGUGUACGUGCGCAGCUACGAAUCACGACUGGAUCUAUUAAGAGUCCUGAUCAUUGGCCCAACUGAAACUCCAUACGCCAAUGUCCCGUUCGUGAUGGAUUUCUACCUGCCUCCAACCUUUCCGACCGACCCACCACAAGCAUUUUUCCACUCUUGGCCGGCACAAGCUUCCAUUGGUGGCACUAUUGGCCGAGUCAACCCCAAUCUGUACGAAGAUGGCAAGAUAUGUUUGUCAAUUCUGGGCACAUGGGAAGGCGACAAGGGCGAAAGCUGGAGUCCGACGAAGAGCACACUCUUACAGGUCCUGGUCUCUCUGCUUGGCCUUGUAUUAGUACGUGAGCCAUACUACAAUGAGGCAGGCUAUGAGGCCCUCGUUGGCACCGAAGAGAGCAAGAAUUCCAGCAACUUGUACAGCGAAAGAGUAUUCCUGCGCGCGAAGGGACUCAUGAUUACAGCGCUAUCAAAUCUCGACAGCACCUCCGGCCUCAAAGGUCUCGAAGAUAUCAUUCGCUACCUCUUCCAGGAACCCCACGGUCCAAGGCUGCUUGUAUGCGCGAUCAAGGAUGUAGAGCAAGUGCUGGAAAAGAGCGAUGGCAAAGCGAAGUCCGAUGGGCUUACAGUCAUGUCUAAAGGGGCGUGUAUACCUUUGCGCCGCGUACUGGAGAGCCUCAAAGGACUGGCCAACCAGCAUGUGCACGUUCCUGGCUAG